GAAUACCCUGGAACUGAAAACUACGUGGACCUAGACAUAUACCGCUCUUACAUGGUCGACUAUAAGCCCUUCGGGAAGCACAAAUACUCCAGAGUCACGCCACAAGAGCAGGCCAAGCUUGACACUCAGCUCCGGAACAAAGAGUUUUACCGGCCCAUGCCCAACCCCAACCCCAGGUUGGUGGAUGGGUACCCCGCCUUCAAAAGACCCUACAUGACUGCAAAAGACUUGGGAGUCCCUGGCUUCUUCCCACCACAGAAACGGGCAAACCCUGUGAAGGAUGAGGGCAGGUUUACCAGCACCUGCCAUUUUGCAUACCCAGCUUCCCUGGCUCUGUAUCUGGCCCAGUAUGAGCCAUACUUGCUUCACCAGAGGACAGACUUCCCGUGCCUCAUGGAGCCUGAGCGGCAGCCUGCUCCAGAAGUGGGCAAAGGCUACCUUCUACUUCCCGAUGUCCCUGUGUUUCUCAGCAGAGAGGUCAAGGUCCCCAUCUUGAAUAGGUGGGGGCCCCUUUUGCCAUUUUACCAGUAG